CAAAUGGCGCGCGUUGAAUGCAGAAGCGUCGUUGUGUUUAUUCCUUUCUUUUGAUUAAAACUUUGUUGUAUUACACACUGCGAAUUGUGUCAAAUUUGUUAUUGUUAACGUUAUAAACUGUCUGCCUUAAAAUGCCACGCGUCGCUAAACCAAAAGCAGCUGCGGCUAAGAAGGGCAAGAGUAAGUUGUAUGCCAUGCCGGAGAAGAUAAAAGAAGGAACUAUUCUGACAGAUUUAGCCAAGGGACAAUGGCGCAUUGGGCCUUCGAUUGGUAUUGGUGGAUUUGGUGAAAUUUAUGCAGCUUGCCGCAACGGCGAAAAGAACUACGACGCUGUGGUGAAAUGCGAGCCUCAUGGAAAUGGGCCACUGUUCGUCGAGAUGCAUUUCUAUUUGCGAAACGCUAAACUGGAUGACAUCAAGGCAUUUAAGAAGGAGCACGGCCUUAAAUCGCUGGGCAUGCCAUACAUACUAGCCAAUGGAUCCGAAGAUAUCAACGGGCUGAAGCAUCGAUUUAUUGUGAUGCCACGCUAUGGCAGCGAUAUAGCCAAGUUCUUCGAGCAGAAUGGCCAUCGCUUGCCCGAGGGCACAGUCUACCGUCUGGCCCUACAGAUGCUGGACGUGUAUCAGUUUAUGCAUGGCACUGGCUAUGUCCAUGCUGAUCUCAAGGCAGCCAACAUUCUGCUUGGUCUGGGCAAGGAUGGCGGCUCGCAAGCAUAUCUUGUUGAUUUUGGUCUUGCCUCUCACUAUGUGACUGGUGACUUUAAGCCGGAUCCAAAGAAAAUGCAUAAUGGCACCAUCGAGUAUACUUCGCGAGAUGCUCAUCUGGGCGUGCCCACCAGGCGUGCAGAUCUUGAAAUUCUUGGCUAUAAUCUCAUUGAAUGGCUGGGCGUAGAGCUGCCCUGGGUUAAAGAGAAGCUGCUGGCAGUGCCGGCGAAAGUUCAAAAGGCCAAGGAGGCAUUCAUGACCGAUGUAAAUGCGGCACUCAAGCCACUCUUUCCCAAGGGCGUGCCGGCGUGCAUUGGUGACUACAUGAAAUACGUGGCCAAGUUGGCGCACAAUGAGAAGCCGGACUAUGACAAGUGCCGCAGCUUAUUCGCCAGUGCUCUCAAGCAAAUGAAAGUGGCCAACAGCGGGGAUUUGGACUUUAAGCUGAAGCCCCAAAGCAGCAGCAAUAACAAUAAUAGUCCACCAGCUAAAAAGGCAGUGCCAGCACGUGGUAAGCCAAAGAAGGAUGCAUCGCUGGUGCUGGAUUCAUCAAAUGAUGUCAUUAUGGACACCGAUGAGGAUGACGAGGAUGAUGUGGCGUACACUCCACGCCAAAAACGGGCAGCAGCCAAAGAAUCGCCAGGUCGCCGUGUUAAAGUGGAGAGGGUGACGCCAGUGCGCAAGGCAGCAGCCAAGCCAGCUGCCAAGCCAGCUUCUGCAUCGCCCAGGAAACGCGAGGCACCACAAUCCUCAUCCCCACAGCGGGCUAGUCCACAAAAGCGCGCCAAAUUGGACUCGAAUGAUACGCCGAAGUCACAAGCUGCUGCUGGUGCCAAAAUCAACUUCAGUCCCGCAAUCUCACUGCGCGGUCGACCUGGCAAGACGGUCAUCAAUGAUGAUUUGACACCACAGCCGCGUUCCAACAAGACGUACGAAUUCAACUUCGAGCUGGACGUCAGCAUGGAUGCCAAUGUCAUUGUGAAUGUUAAGCGCAAGAAGAAGGCACAGAUGGCAACGGGUAGCACUGGCAGCGCCACCAAAUCCUCAGCUGGAUCAACGAGAACUCCUUCAGCGCUCAGCGUGCAAACACCUAACAAGAGCUCCUCGCCAGCGACUCGCGUUAAUCUGCGCAAGGUGAAUGCCGAGAACUCCGCAAGUUCGCCCGCCUCGAGCUCUGCACGGAGUCCACGCACGCCGGCAGUCACUGUGCGCAAGUACAGGCAUUAACACUCCAUUUAUUAUGAUUCAUUUAACUCAUUUAUAUUAGUUAAACAAAAAUUGGUUCAAUGUUUUUGAUUAUUGAUACAGAAUAAACGAAUAUUUUUCAUACUUAUUGUUA